AUGAUUGCUGACAGCAAACAACGAGUGUUAUUCAAUUUUAUAUUUAAAAAAUGUCCCAACAAAAAGCAAAAAAACAUUCUAAUUGGAUGCAAUGUGAAAAUUGCCUCGCAUUCCUUCAAAAUAAAGAUACAGAGUGUCAUUCAAACGAUUGUCCGCCGAGCUCCGAGCAGAAUUCCUACAAUUUCGUUCGAAACAACAUUUUGCAUGGCACUGUUGAUUUAAAAACCAACGAUGAAAUAAAGAAUAUAUCACAAUUCGAUCGAGACAGCAUAGUAUUCUUAAGCGAAUCUGUAAUAAGGAUGUGUUCAUUAGCGAUAGGAGAUUGGGCGAUCGUAGAAAAUCUAGACGAGCAGUCGAUUCCACAUGUUGCUAAAAUGGUUUGGCCUAACGUUGAAAAGUCCAUUACAUCUGCGCUUUUCACUAAAAAUGGUUUAGAACUAAGUUCCUUCAAACCUGGCCAACGAAUAACACUCAGGAAACUCUGUCCUGGUAACGAAGCAUCAUCGAUUUCACUUGUAACUUUAAAUUCUCCCAAAACGUUGGAAUUUACUCCAGAACUCCAUAGCCGACUAUCUAAUAGCUUUUGUAAAAAGUUUUUGACAGUUGGCAACAAAAUAAAAAUCAUGUUUUACGGAAAAGAAUUAGCAUUCCAGAUAGUUUCCAUAAAUUCUAAUAAAGGUACAAUUGAAGAAGGUUUAAAGAAAAUGGAUUUGGGAGAUCGAAAUGCAUGCGAGUUUUAUGAAGUUGUUUCUAAAACAAAAUGGAUUUGUCAUAAGAACAACGACAAUUAUCAAGAAAGCAUUGAAAACAAAAAAUGCGACCGACCAGCAGGCGUCGAAGACGAAAUAGUAGAAAUAGAAGAAUUGAUGACAGCUUGUCUGGAAAAGUCCCUUUAUCGGACUCGAAUUAAAGGUAUACUGCUUUACGGACACUCCGGAACAGGGAAAACCUCAAUUGUUAACUACAUCGCAUCAAAAUCGGAGGUGAAUUUGCUGAGAUUGAGCCCGUUGGAACUUUUCUCUAAUAAUUCGACCGCGGAGAAAUAUAUCAAGCAGUUGUACGAAGAAGCCGUCGAUAAAGCUCCUACAUUAGUCAUUUUGGAAGAUUUCGAUAUCAUUUGCCCCUCUAAAAACAGCCGCCUGACUGAAAUCGAGAAGAAAACAAACAGCUUAUUGCUCAAGCUGUUCGAUGACGUGCACAGUCAAAGAGCAAAAGUCUUCUUCAUUGCGACAUCGAACAAACCGGAUAAUAUCGACCCCGCUUUCAGAAGGUGCGGUAGAUUGGACAGAGAAAUCGAAAUUCCCACUCCCGGUCCGAAAUCUCGACAAGCCAUUUUGGACAAUAUUUUCGAACAAUUAAACAUCGAUUUGGACAAACGACUUUGCCAAGAUGUCUCCUCGAAUACCCACGGGUUCGUGGGAUCGGACCUGGUCUCUUUGUGCUCUAUGGCAACUUUGAAUGCAAAUAGAAGAAAUAAAUCGAGUCUAACUAAAGAAGAUUUUGAGUAUGCGUUGAAACGAGUCAGACCGAGCGCAAUGCGAGAAGUACAAAUUGAAAUCCCUAAUGUUAAAUGGUCGGAUAUCGGCGGACAGGAACAUUUAAAAACUAUUUUAAAACAAGCUAUCGAAUGGCCUUUAAAAUACCCCGAGAGUUUCACAAGAUUAGGCGUUACACCCCCAAAAGGUGUUCUAAUGUUUGGUCCACCAGGUUGUUCAAAAACUAUGAUUGCUAAAGCUCUAGCUUGCGAAAGCGGAUUGAAUUUUUUGUCUAUCAAAGGUCCCGAACUGUUCAGUAAAUGGGUGGGCGAGUCGGAAAGGGCCGUUAGAGAAGUGUUUCGAAAAGCCAGGCAAGUAGCACCAUCGAUAAUAUUUUUCGACGAAAUCGACGCUUUGGGUGGCGAACGUGGCAGUAAUUCAGGAGCCAAUGUGCAGGAAAGAGUCCUGGCUCAAUUACUGACAGAGCUGGAUGGAGUAACUCCUCUGCAGGAUGUUACCAUUUUGGCAGCGACCAACAGACCCGAUAGAAUUGAUAAAGCUCUUCUAAGGCCCGGGAGAUUGGACAGAAUUGUUUAUGUAUCCCUACCGGACGAACAAACUAGGCGAGAUAUAUUCCGAAUAAAAUUGUCGAAAAUGCCCGUUUCUGGUGUAGAUAUUGAUACUUUAGUAUCGGAAACAGAAAAUUAUUCUGGAGCUGAAAUAAACGCAGUUUGUCACGAAGCCGCCAUGUUGGCUCUGGAAGAAAGUUUGGAAAGCGAAUUCGUCUCGAGAAGGCAUUUCGAAAAAGCUCUAACGUUGAUUACACCAAGGACGCCAUUAUCUUUAAUUAAAUUAUACGAAGAUUAUUUAAAUAAAAAUUAAAUUUCG